AAAACAUUUCUGGUACACACUUAAUUAAUAAUAGUUUUGUGUGUGUCAGUACGUGAAAAUUCAAAUUAAAUUAAACCAAGAAAUGGACACAUACAUAGUUGAAUAAAAGAAUAGAAACACUUGUCUCAGCACCAACACAGGUACAGUAGAAGCAUUAGAUGCAAUAGAAACAGUAGAAGCAUUAGAUUCAUCAGAUGCAGUAGAUGCAGAUGCAGCGUCCUCGUGCUCAGGUCACGUGCUCUCGUGUUGACUGAAGAGAAUUAAAAAUCUGUGCUGCAGAGAGGCUAACGGCUAACGGCGGAGCUAACGGCGCUGUGAGGACAAACACAGCUGGAAGUUUAACACCGACGCUCUCACAUCACAGCAUGAGUUAGUCAGCAGGAAGCCGGUGACGUUCACAGGGUGGUCACGUGUGUGUUGUAUCAGCAGCAGGAUGCCCAACCCUCCCCCGCCUCCUCCUCCACCAGGGGGACCCCCGCCUCCCCCCACCUUCAGCCAGGCCAACACCAGCCCUCCGAAGCUGAGCAGGGAGGAGGCCAAAGGUCGCGGCGCUCUGCUGUCCGACAUCUGUAAAGGCACCAAGCUGAGGAAGGUGUCGGUGGUGAACGACCGCAGCGCUCCGCUGCUCGACAGUAAGACUCAAACACCAAAGAGCCAAACACCUCCCACAGAGCACCCAUACAUUCGCUUAUACCAAUACCUACACCAGCAACAGAGCCAGCCCAAACAGCAGGGGGCGCCGUCUGAGGAGCAGAAGACGACGGCUGGAGAAAAGAGCUCUGCUCUGUCCAUAGAGAAGCCUAAAGGAGGCGGAGCAGCAGCAGGAGGAGGAGCCAAUGGGAGCGGAGCAGGAAGUCCGUCAGGUUCUGCUCCACCAAUCGGAGGACUGUUCACAGGCGGAGUUCCUAAACUGAGGCCUGUUGGAGAUGGUUCUUCUGGACGUUCUCCCUCCACCCGAGCCGCGGCGCCCCGCCCCCCCAGUCAUCGUCAUGACGACGCAGAGAGCCCCUCCUCUCAGGCGUCAUCACCGAUGGAGACGAGUCGCUCCCAGCGUCCCUCACUCCCCAACCUGUCCUCCUCCCCCUGCCCCUCCUCCCCCUCCUCUGCUGCCUCCUCCCCCUCCACCGGAAUGAAGCACUCCUCCUCCGCCCCUCCUCCCCCUCCCCCUCUCUGUCGCCGCGGUAACGCCCCCUCCCCUCCCUCCUCCUCCUCUUACAACAGAGAGAAGCCCCUCCCCCCCACCCCUAACAACACCCCGCCCCUCCCCUCCAAACCUCCCCCGUCUCCCGGCAACAGCAGACGCCCCCCCACCUCAGGAGGUAACCCCCCCUCCUCCUCUCUGGCCCCGCCCCCUCCUCCUUACCGCAUCACUAACGGUCCGUCGGCGGGUGGCGUGGAGGUGGCGCCCGAGCUGCCGCAGCGUCACAACUCCCUCAGCAACAAGAGGACCGCCCCCUCACCCGGAGGCCACACCCCCACCAGAGGCCCCGCCCCUCCUCCUCCUCCGGCCUCCCCCACUCCCUCCCAACAGGGUGCCAACAGGCCGCCGCCCCCGGUCAGAGAGCCGCCAGGUAAAGGAGCAGCUCCUCCUGUCCCGGUCCAGUCGUCGUCUUUGAGGGCGGGGGGCAGAGAAGCCCCGCCUCCUCCUCCCUACAGGACACAUGGUAGCCCCUCCCUCUCCUCUGACCCUCCUGCCAGAGGGAAACCUCCUCCCCCACCCACCCGCACCCCCGCUGCUCCUCCCCCGCCUCCCCCUCCUCUCCGCAACGGACACUCAUCCUCCUCCUCCUCCAUCCCUCGCUCAUUCGUCGAUGAUUUUGAGUCCAAGUAUUCGUUUCAUCCUCUGGACGAUUUCCCUCCUCCGGACGAGUACAGACACUUCACCAAGAUCUACCCCAGCAAGGCCAACAGAGUGAUGAGAGGAGCUCCUCCACUUCCUCCUGUCGGGAGGUGAACCCUGAACACAACACAGCUGGACCACACACACACACACACACACACACACACACACACACACACACAGGCAUCCUCCUUCCUGUUCGUCCAGCUUCAUCAUCCUUGACCCGUCCAUCUCCGCCGCAUCUACGCCCACAGCUGAUUGGCUGACGGUCUGACAGUGAGACGAACGGACCAAUCCUGUGUCAGCAGGAGACUGAAGAGGAGGAAGUUAACGUCUCUCCAUCAUCACCCUUUAGUUUUAUUUUGUUUUUCUGCACCUGCACUUUUUGUUUGGAUCGGCGAGCAGCUCCUCGUCUGAACAUGUGACUCAUGAAGAAGAACAGUCAGUGGAGCUGAGAGCUGCUGCAGGGACCUGUAGUGAUACCAGUCCUCUGGAUGUGCUGGGUCCAGGUUCUGGACAGAGGAGUUCUCAGAGCUGUGACGACUCAUUUCUGUCUCAGUGAAGUCUGGAUCAUGAACAGUGACGCUUCAGCAUUUUGGGAAAAUUUUCUUUUCGACAGGUGAGAAGGUCGAUGAGUGUUUACCUGCACCAGGUGUUGACCGGGUAACGCUGGUAAUCAGGGUCCAUAUUUACCUGUAGAGACGUCAGGACACCUGGACUUAGCUCCGCCUCUCGAUACUGAGUUUUACCCCAGGAGAGGAAGUAGUGACAGAUGCUAUAUUCUGCAUUAGCUUAAACGAGCUAACAUUAGCCUAUACGAGCUAACAUUAGCCUAAACGAGCUAACAUUAGCCUAUACGAGCUAACAUUAGCCUAAACGAGCUAACAUUAGCCUGCGUGUGCAGAGCAAUGCUGCGACAGUCGUCAGACAGAAACAGGAGUCGUCGUUGACGGCUGAGCUCGGCGCUCAGAUCAGUUUCAGUUUUUUCGUCCUCUCGUCUGAAACACUCGGUGACACUGUUAACUCGCUGCUACGACUCGUCCCUGAUGAUUCACCUCAAACAUGGCGACUUGAUGUGUUUGUUUCCACAAGUUGUGGCAGACCUGUUCUUCUUCUCCUCUUUGAUUUAAGACCUGAUCACUUGGUGAGUCAAGCUACAGAAAUCUACUGAUUACAGACACCUGGUUUCUUCUUUACCUGGUUACUGAGGCGCAGGUAAACACUCUGAUGGUUAUAUGACAAGAGUCUGUGAAGGUGAACACCUGAAUGUGAUUAGCUGUGGACGGUCUUUAUGCUAAGCUAAGCUAACCACAGACAUGAGACUGAGUCAUCUGAACAUCUGACGCAAGAAAGAAAAUUCCCAAAGCUGAACUGUUCCUUUAGUUUCAUAACUAAGGUCCUGAUAAACCAUGAGGACAAACUGAUCUCAGUGACCUGGACCUGGAUCUGGACCUGAGGGAUCUAGAUUAACAGUGGACUGAACUGAGAUCAGUUCUUGUGACGUCCUGCUUUUCUGUGAAACUGAAGGAUUUGUGCUCAGGCAGGAUGAGAACACCUGUACAUACUCCUCAGACUCACCUGUCCUGGUGAUGUCAGUGAUGUGACGUGCUUUAUUUUGGCGGAACGCGACCUGAUUCAACCUCUGGUGCUGACUGAGGUCAGUCUCUGACGAGGUUCAAUCUUUAAGUGCCAAGACAGACUGAAGUGAACGAGAGAAACUCACCUGGACUCACCUGGACUCCUGCCCCUCCCCCCGUAACUAAACACUAACCUUGUUGCAUGAUGUCGUCUUUAUUUGAGCUCUGAGUUGAAGCAGCAUGGCGGCAGUUCCUGAUGAGCAGUGUUAAAUAAUCACAGGUGACCUGAGUUAAUCCUGACGGAGCCACAGAACGACGACCAGGAAACACUGGCAGAGAUUUUCAAAAUAAAGUCGAAAUAUUCAGAAGAAGAAAAAAACAAUGAUAAAGCGAGUUGUAAUACUCUGAAUUUUACAGGUAAAAAGUUUCUGAAUCUUGAGAUGAAAUCGUAAUUUUAAGGGAAAAAGUUGUGACAUUUAGAGAAUAAAUUCAUUAGAGCUGCAGCUAAUGGUUAUUUUCACGAUCAGUUAAUCUGCUGAUUAUUUUCUUUGAUCGUUAAAACUGAAAACAGUUAAAAAUAUAAAACAGUUUCUAACACACGUCAUCACUUGUCUUAUGUUGUCAAAACCAAAAAAUAUCCAGAUAAACUGUUAAACAUUAAACACACAGUGUGAUUUUCUGCCACAAGGGGGCUCACUGUCAAAACAACAAAAGACGCAAUUUAACAACGUCAACAGAAAAGUUACAAUGUUACAAAUGUAGUUAUAAUAUUACAAGAUGUAAAAUGUAAUUAUAGAAGAAAAUGUGAUAAAGUUUCAGUGUCAUAAAAAAUAAGUUGUUACAGGAAAUUACAGGAACAUUUUUAACGAUAAAAUGCAAAAUGUAGUGUGAUUAAAAAGUUGUAAUAAAAAAAUUAUAAUUCUGCAAGAAUAUCAAUGAAUUUCAACAAAAUGUCAGAAUUUAAAAAGUGAAAAUUCUUGUUACGAGCAGGAUAAUAUCACAAGAUAAAAAGGCGUAAUUUGAUAAAUAAAUGUUUCAUUGUAAUUUUAAUAAAUAGAAAUAAAAUGACAAGAUUUAAUUCAACAGAAAAAAAUGUGACAUUAAGAUAAAAUGUUAGUUUGAUCUUGAAAAAACAAUCCUCACAAUUGAGUCAUAACGUAAAAAAACUAAUGUGACAAGAUUAAAUUUUAAAUGUAACUAAAGUGAAAAUUUAAGGAUAAAAAGUAAAAUAAUGUUUUUGACUUUUCUUUCGUAACAUUGAUAUUAAAUCUUCUUCCUGUUGUCUCCAGGUUUUUCACGCCUCCAGCUCCGUCCUUUAGUUUUCUGACCGUUUCUCUCUCGGUGCCACGUGUUUUUAUUUUCAGUUUUUCUGCACGUUUGACGUCUUUUUAUCUGAACUUUUUCAUUUUAAAUCAUGUGACCGAGCACAUUUGUUUUUAACAUUUCACUGAUAAAAAAGAAAAAAACACAGAUUUCUGAGGUGAUUGAUUUUCCCGUUAACAGCCUCGUUACUGUUAUUUAGUGAUGAUGUUAUAACUGUUGUCGGACCUUUCAGUCACUGCGGCGCUGGUCUUCUUCACUGGAUCUGCAGCUUCAGUUGCAGUUAAAGAUGCAUCGAGUCUGCAGCAAAAAUAUCAACUUUAGUUUUAAUGUUCAUUUCCUGCAGCUAGAGUCGUGUCUCUACAGUUUGAUUUUAUUAUAAAACAUCAACGUCUAGAAAAAUAGAAAAUUUAAUGAUGUGUUAUUGUUUUUUUAAUCAUAAUAUAACGUGAUAACUACUUUGCAUUCAUUAAAUUAAAACUUUCUGUUCUUAUCCCUCUUAUUAUACAUGUAUAUCUGACACCAGGAAACAUUUAAAGAGACACAUGAGGAGUCGAUGCAUUUUUAACUGCGUUAUAAUGUCCUGCCCCCCGCUCUGUCUGCCUUACAGUCUGUUUGCUGUAAAUCUCAUUCAUCAGUUAGAAACUGUAAAAAGCUUCUGAACAAACAGAAACCUGUGAUGAGCUGGAGGACGGACUGUAGCUUUAGAUUUAAACUGGUUUGUGUCAGUUUAACAGCAUGCUCCGCUCUCUUUCAUUUAACUGCAGCUGACUGAAAUAAACUCGUUGUUUACUCA